AAUCGAACGGUUGCAAGUCCCUUUGGCGUUGAAUAGCCGUUAAUUCCGCACAUUAGGAGAGAGAGUAGAGAGAGAGUCACAGCGGGAAAAGCAUAAAAGGGACAUGGAAACCGCGAAUCCGGCGGUUGCAGAGACGGUGGUGGUGGGAGAGAGGUCGCCUUCAUAUUUGCCUCUCUUUCUCUCUCUAUCUCUCUCUCUUUCUCUCUCUACCUAUACAAGCAUAUUUGCGCCUCUAGAAUUUAAUUUGUUCAAAUCUCUGUUUCAAUCAAAGCCGUAUUAACUUUCCAAAUCCUCCUUUCCUUCAAUCUUCAUCAACCCCCAUUUCCUCUACUAUCUUCAUCAUCAUCAUCAUCAUCAUCCUUUAUAUACGUUAAUAAUCCCUGAGGAGAUUUGCACACAACAGUUAAUUGAUAAUUGGGUGGGUAUGGAUAAAUCAAAUGGAGAGAUGACGACGAUGGAAAGUGAACAAAAUGAAUACUAUCUUCCUAAAAAGGCCAACUUUAGAGAGUCUUCUCCCAGGAGUCCAUUCAGCAGUGGAAGCAACAGCCAUGAUUAUGACUCCAUUGACAUAGCCUUGGAAGACGGAAGAGGUUUUGACACCUCCAUUGACCAGCUCUAUCGAAAUGUUUGCGAUAUGCAAAGCUCUGAUCAAUCCCCAUCAGGGCAAAGCUUUCUAUCGUACGGGCAGGAAUCGAGAAUUGACUCUGAAUUACGUUUUCUUGCUGGAGGAGGAGGAGGUUUUACAGAGGUUGAAAAGGCUAAAGAGACGUUGGUAGAGAGAAGAGGAGAAGAAGCUGAAAAUGAUUCAUCUACUCCUAAGAAAGGAACUCUACCGAAAAGGAAAGGUCUCCCUAGAGUUGCAUCUUUGCCUUCGCCACAAUCAAAGAGAGUCUCUAGCCUUACAGCCACGGAUUCGUCAUCGCCGAAGAAUAGCCCAAGGAGCAUGUCUUUUCGCGGGGCACCUCCAGCAGCCAAGCAAAAUGUGAAGACUACCCGGAAGCCAAAUGCAAUCCAUCCGACGAAGAGUAACGAGAAGAUUCCUCCCGUUGGAUUGGACAAACCUCGAAAUGGAAAUGGGAAUCCUAUUGAAGCAGAAUAUAUUGGGCCUUAUUUGCUAAAACAAGUGAGGGAAUUGAUUUCUUCAGGUGACAAUAUUAACAAGGCUCUUGACUUAGCCCUUAGAGCAUUGAGAGCCUUUGAGAAUUCCUCAGAUGGGAAACCCAAUCUGGACAUGGUCAUGUGUUUGCAUAUUAUAGCUGCAAUUUACUGUAACCUUGGCCAAUACAGUGAAGUGAUACCCAUUCUAGAACAAGCGAUCGAGAUACCAUCUCUCGAGGAAGGCCAAAACCACGCACUUGCCAAGUUUUCCGGUUGCAUGCAGCUGGGAGAUACUUACGCCACGAUUGGCCAGAUUGAGAAUUCGAUCCUUUUUUAUUCAGCUGGGUUGGAGAUUCAAAGACAAGUCCUAGGGGAGAAGGACUGUAGACUUGGUGAGACUUGCAGGUAUGUGGCCGAAGCCCAUCUUCAAGCACUUCAAUUUGACGAGGCUGAAAACCUUUGUCUACUGGCUCUUGAAAUUCAUAAAAACAGUCAAUCUCCAGCCUCCCUAGAAGAGGCGGCUGAUAGAAGGCUACUGGGGCUUAUUUCAGACUCAAAAGGAGAUUAUGAAGCUGCACUUGAGCAAUAUGUCUUGGCAAGCAUGGCAAUGUCAGCUAAUGGACAAGAAGCUGAAAUGGCAGCUAUAGAUUGCAGCAUUGGGGAUGCAUAUCUAUCCUUGAUUCGAUUCGACGAAGCUGUUUUCGCUUAUCAGAAAGCCUUGACAGUGUUCAAGUCAACAAAAGGAGAAAACCAUCCAUCUGUUGCUUCAGUUUUUGUCCGUUUGGGGGAAUUGUACCAAAAGAGUGGAAAACUAAGGGAGGCAAAAUCUUACUGUGAGAAUGCACUUAGAAUUUACGCAAAACCAGUUCAAGGUAGUCCACCGGAAGAGAUAAGUAGUGGACUUAUCGAUGUUUCUGCCAUAUACGAGUCAAUGAAUGAGCCAGAGCAAGCUCUGAAGCUACUCCAAAAGGCUUUGACCUUACAUGCAGAUGGAAAAGGCCAGCAUAGUACAAUUGCAGGAAUAGAAGCUCAAAUGGGUGUUCUAUACUAUAUGAUUGGGAAUUACUCAGAUUCUUAUAAAUCAUUCAAAAAUGCCAUAUCAAAGUUUAGGGAAAUCGGAGAGAAGAAAUCUGCUCUGUUUGGCAUUGCUCUUAACCAAAUGGGGCUAGCCUGUGUUCAACUUUAUGCCAUUGAAGAGGCUGCAUAUGCAUUUGAAGAAGCCAUGCACAUAUUGGAAACUGAAUAUGGACCAUAUCACCCGGACACCCUUGCAGUCUAUAGCAAUCUUGCUGGCACUUACGACGCUUUGGGGAGGUCAAAUGACGCAAUUCAAAUACUAGAAUAUCUUGUUGAAAUGCGAGAAGAUAAGCUUGGGACUGCAAAUCCCGAUGUUGACGACGAGAAACGAAGGUUGGCAGAGUUACUUAAAGAAGCCGGACAAGUCAGAAAGAAGAAAUCCAAGUCAUUGGAAACUCUUCUUGAUUCAAAUUGGCAGAAUAUGGCUAUACUUGGUGGUGCCAAACUGUGACAAUGAUGCCCAAAUUCAUUACUUAUUUAUUUAUUUAUUUUAUUUGUUUGUUUGUUCCACUUGAAAGAAAAAGAAGACAUGUAGUAGGUAUGGGGGGAAGAUUUAGGUGAUGAGUCAAAUUGGUUGAGUUAAAAGUAAAAAAAAAAAAAAAAGGGGGAUUUGAAAGAUUAUGCAGUUGGAAAAGUUGAUUUUCCCAUAUUUGUAAAAAUGUUGAUGUAUAGUAAAUAAUAAGAGAGAAUAUUGAAAUCUCACUUUUUACCAUAAAUAGAAAGAGUUUGGGGUGUUUUUCGUAC